AUGUCCUCCCGCAGGUGGCUCUUCGACGGCGAUGGCGAGGAGGCAGGGGCCCAGACGAGGGGGGCAGGGGGCGGUCGCCCCACCGCCGGCGGCGGCAGCAGCAGGCAGGAGCGGCUGCAGGCGGCGACGAGCAAGCUCAUCCUGUGGUCCUUGUCGCGCGGACGUUCCAGGCACGAGGUAUUGGCGUCAGGCGGGCUGGUCGCAGCGUGCCAGCAGUCGAGACGAUCGUACGACAAGGAGUUGAAGGACCUGGAGGAGAAGGGCAAAAAUGGCGAGAAGAUGUGGGAGGUCAUCAGGCGGGGCGAGAUGCUGGAGGUGGCGAGGGCGUGCCCAUGCUUUCGUCUGAAAAUCUUCCGCAAGGGCGAAAGCGCCCCGCAGAAGGGGGCUUUCUACAUGAAGUUCCACCGAGAUUCGGCGCUUUGCAAGCAUAUCGCGACGCUGAUGGAGCAGCUCGUGAUUAUGGAGGGUAGUGGCAUACAGUGGAAUCCUUCAGAAGGCUCGGCGGCGUUGCUUGCGAAGUCAGAGGCUGGCCAGCCACCCCGCCGCCUUGGGCGGCACGCGGCGGUGGCCGCCGUGCUUGGAGCGCUCGUGGUUCUCGCGACGGCUGCGUUCGCUGGCCGCUCCAUGCUGCACGACGGGCGAGUGCAGCUGAGCCGAGUGGCGCAGGGCGCCGUGGUCCUCGAGGUGACGGCGGACGCAGCCAGCGGGGCAGGCGUGCAGGCUGUGAGGGACAACGUCACCGAGCUCCAGACGCAGAUGCACUCCCUGGAGGAGGCGGCGGGCCCGGCCAGCGCGGCAGCCGUGCAGGCCCUGAAGGACAACAUUACCGAGCUGCAGUCGCGGCUGAGCUACCUGCUGGAGCGCUUCCCGGCUGAGGUCAGCACUAGCCCCGUGCUGAUGCCGGUGCCCGCCCCCACGGUGGAAGACGCGUCCCGCCGACCCCUCGGCCCAAAUCAGAAGUACUGCGGCGCACUGCCAAUCCCCGUCAACGCGACGUGCUGCAACGGUAUCGCUGGCGCUCCGUUCUCCACAUGCUGCGCGGGCAAGAUCGUAUGUGGCAUGCUCAGCACGUGCUGUGGGAACAUCUGCUGCUCUCCUGGAGCCGUGUGCUGCAACGGAAUCUGCGGCGCCCCGAACGCGAUUUGCACAGCAAACGGUAUCCUCCUGGCACCGAUGAUCAAGCCCACGGAGAGCCCACGCUCCAAAGAAAGGUAA